AUCUAGAUAUUUCAUUAUGGGUUUGUAACUUCCACAUCCAUUAUCAAAAUAUGAAGGUGAACUGACAAUUGUUUCUUAAUGAUAGGUGAUCCAUUAAGGGAACAAAAAUAUUGGAUAAUGAAUCGAUGUGAUUAAAUAUUUCCACUAUGUGUUGCCACAUGCUCCUGAUUUUAUUGGGGGUUAAUUAUGUCUUGUCCCUCAAUGAAGUUGAUCUGAAGCGGAUGCUUUUCUCCCCUGCUGUGUAUGAUAAGUCUGUCCGACCACGCAUUAACGCCACUCACACUGUAGAAGUAGGGGUUGGUUUUACCAACGUGUUUGUAGUCGACUUAGAUGAAAAGGGAAGUUCCCUCUCUCAAGCAUGUUUCUUAUAUGUGGGGUGGAAGGACGAAUUUUUGACAUGGAAUGCCAGUCAUUACGAGGGUAUAGAGAGUUUUGUUGUCGACAUAUCAUCCAUAUGGUAUCCAGAUGUGUCAAUUCUAGGAAGAAUGGAGAUUGAUCAAGAAGUGAAGUUUAAUCGAGCACGAGUACAGUCCAAUGGUAUGGUCAACACCACAUUUGUAGGACCGCUGACAACCCAUUGCAGCACAGAUCCCUCCCACUUCCCGUUCGAUUAUCAGCUUUGUGAAUUCAGGCUGGAUUCUCAAAUCUAUACUAAAUCCGAAGUUAAAAUGAAGUUCACCUUCACAAACAUGAUGGAAAACUACAAAUCAAAUCCAAAUUGGAACACAGCGUACAUUAACUUUGUUGCUGAUCAGCAACUCUAUUUCUGUCUUCAAAGGAAAUCGCUGUAUUUAAGCAUGCUCUAUAUGGUGCCAACUACAAUGCAUGCCGUAUUGAUUCUCGUUUCUUUCAUAGUUCCUAGCGAAGCUGGGGAGAAAAUAUCAUUCGGAAUGUCUCUGUUUCUAUCCUUUAUGGUUUUACUGUUACAGUUAAAUGGAGAUUUACCGGAAGUAUCGACCUCCAUUCCAGCGUUAGAGAUCUACGUUUUGCUUCACAUGGUGAGUGGGGUCGUUUCCUUGGUUGUCUCCUCUUUCACAGCUUACGUCAAGCAGACCAGAGACCAAUUAAAAUAUCGAACUGAGACAAAAGUGAAGGACGUAUCGUCCCUCGUUCCCAACAACAAAUGCAAACCUAACAAUAAAAGAAGAACGAACAUCUGUGAACGCCUCAGAUCCGAGAUAUUCCUCAACCGGCUGGGAUUUGCCGUGUCGUUCAUUCUUAUUCUAGCAGCAAACUGUGUAAUGUUAAAUGCCAAAUUUGUCUCAACAAGCUGUGGCCAUUUUCUAUUGUAAACAUUGGACAUCUUUGAAUUGAAUUUGGUAGUGAUCGUAAUAAUCGGUCUGGUAUUGAAUGAUGACUAAAGCUGUAUGGAAUUACAACAUAGGACUGUUUUCUACAGUUAAGAACCAUAGCUGAAAACAUAAAUGAAACAACUACAAGGACAUGUAUGUCUCUUCUGCGUUUGAAACCAGAACACUCUUAUUAUAUAUUUCCAAUACUUAAUGUGUUAUAUUAACCUAAAAAUGGGCCUGUAAAAUUUAUAUGAUGUACUUUAAUCUUGUUACAUCAUCAACCAUAUCUUUCACAUUUACACCAUCACAAAGACUCCAUUAUUCGGCGGCAACACAUCAAUGGGUAAUUAAUCAAUGAUAAAGAUGAAUAGAGAUUCGAUUAGUUAUUAGGUCAAAUGCUGUCUGGCGUUCGUUCAUACAUGUUCAUUUAUCAAUUGGUAAAACCGUUCUAUGCCUACUAAUUUUGACUACGGAUUAUUCCGUUUACGUGAUAUAUAGCUCACUGUGAGUAUUACCAGUCAAUAGGGUAUGGGUAUUUCCCCUAGGCACCUGAUACCACCUUUAAUGUGUCCAAGGAGUUCGUGUUUGCCCUACUCCUAAUUCGUUUAAUUUUGAAUUAUGCGAUUGAUUGUUGUUUGUUUUCAUAACUUUUUACGAAUUUUUCUCAGAUCUUGAUAUGUUAAAGUAUUGCAUUGAUAGUUAUACAAUAGUGUCCACCAUCUAGAGUAAAUAUCCUCCAAAUUCUCCUUGUUGAAUAUCGUCUAGCAUCCAAAUACUUUCCACUUUUUUGUUGUCUAUAUCCUGGUGAGUUAGGGAUUCUUACUCACCCUAGGCACCUGAUCCCACUCCUGGUGUGUACCAGAGGUCCAUGCUUGCCCUUCUCUGGUGGGAUUUAUUGCUGCUCGUUAUCUUCACUUUUCCUUUUGUUUUAAUGAAUAAUAAACAUUGUCGUUAUCGCUA